AUGGCGGAAGCGAUGAUAAGGAAGAAGCCAGGAAUGGCCAGCGUGAAGGACAUGCCGGUUCUUCAGGACGGUCCACCUCCCGACGGUUUUGCUUCGGUCCGGUUCGCUCGUCCUAUCCCUAAUACUGGUCCGAGUGCCAUUGCGAUUUUUCUCACCACGUUUGGUGCUUUCUCGUGGGGAAGGUACCAGGUUUUGGACAGGGUAACAAGAUCCGAAGUUUUUUUCAUCCACAUUGCCUUUCCUCCCACUGUCUUCACUUCUAACUAUGCUGAUGCUGCUUCUGUUGUUGUUGUUGUUGUCGUUUAUGAAGAAAUUGUCACAAUAACUAUGCAGGUCCUCACGAGAUAUUUACUGCAAAAGUUAUUUGGCCCUCGGGUUGCUAAUUUGACAAGCAAUCAUAGUAUUCUUUACCUUGACCUUCCUUCUAAUAUGAUUGGUUCAUUUCUUAUGGGAUGGUUUGGUGUUGAAUUCAAAAAAGACAUAUCUCAUGUAUCAGAGCAUCUAGCCAUAGGAAUAAUGACUGGUUACUUGGGGAGCCUUACAACCUUCAGUGGUUGGAAUCAAAAAAUGCUUGAACUCAGUGCUUCCGGUCACUGGGUCAUCUGUGCAUUGGGCUUUAUAAUAGGUUUAUCUCUUGUUGUCGUCUCCAUCACAUUUGGGGUUGAAACUGCGAAGGGUUUUAGGUGGCUUCUCAACAGGUUGAAUAUUGCAAGUCUAGUAAAUGGCAUCUCUAAGGUCAACUACAAAGUAAACAGCUACCAUCGCCAAAUGACAGCUAUGGUGAUAUUCUUGGUGAUAUUGGGUAUUUUAUGGGGUGUGAGUGGUGCAUUUGUAAAGGCUAAGUUCAAACAUGGUGGAAGUGCUGCUGAGUAG